AUGGACAAGGUGCUGAUGGACAGCUCCGCUCAGCGGCUGCACAACGGCUCAGUGUCGGUGGUCUCCGAGCGCGGGGAGACCGCGAUCGGCGUUUACCUGCUCAUUCUGGGCUGCCUCUCCUGGGCUGGAAACAGCGUGGUCAUCGUCCUUCUCUUCAGACAAAGACACACGCUUGAACCUCACGACUACCUGACCUUCAACUUGGCCAUCUCCGACAUCAGCAUCUCCGUGUUCGGCUACUCCAGGGGGAUACUGGAGGUGUUCAAUGUCCUGAGGGACAAUGGCUACCUUAUCACGGCCAUCUGGACCUGCCAGGUGGACGGAUUCUUAAUCCUGCUCUUUGGACUCCUCAGCAUCAACACUUUGACAGCCAUCAGCGUCAUCCGAUACAUCAAAGGAUGCCAGCCUCACCAAGCCUAUAAAGUGGACUCGCGCAGCGUGGUCCUGAUUUUAGGGCUGCUCUGGCUGACGGCUCUUUUCUGGGCAGGAGCGCCGCUUGUUGGAUGGGGCAGCUACACAGGCCGCAAGUACGGGACUUGUGAGAUCGACUGGACGAAGGCGACCUUCUCCCGGGCCUACAGGUCCUACGUGGUUGGCAUCUUUUUCUUCAACUUCUUCCUUCCCGUCUCCAUUAUGGUCUUCUCGUAUGUGUCCAUCAUCCGAACUGUCCGCUCGAGCCACAAGUCGAGCCGGGGAGGUGAGGUGACGGAGCGUCAGCGGAGGAUCGAGCACAACCUCACACGGGUGUCCUUUGUCAUCUGCGUCGCCUUUCUCUUGGCCUGGUCACCUUAUGCCGUCAUUUCCAUGUGGUCCGCCUGUGGACUUCAGGUGCCCCCACUCACCAGUGUCGUGGCCAGCCUGUUCGCCAAGACGGCCAGCUUCUACAACCCCUUCAUCUACAUGGGCAUGAGCUCCAAAUUCAGGAACGACCUGCGCAAGCUCAUCCAUUGUGUGGGCCGGAAAAGCCAGCGAGGGGCACUGCCGCCUGCCAUCCACCUGAUCUAUAGCACAGCAGAAGAGCCCCAGCCAGCCCGUGACAUGCCACCUGCCGGGGUCCACAAUGGUGUGGACCCUUCAGAGAAGGGCAGGAGGCCAUCAAGGACCACUAGCUUGGUCAUCCAGCAUCGUGCCAGCCAAUCGGGCCGCCUCUGAUCCACCGGGCUGGACCAAGUGAAGGUGGGCCAUCAUUGGGGUCCCUGACAACGAGGAGUCUGUAAAGUGAAGCAAACAGGAUGGAAAUUUCAAACUUUUUUUCAUUUUGUGAACAACUUCUUUCCAGUGUUUCUCUUCGGGUGCUUUUACGUUUGGUUUGUGUUUUGGGGGUUUGCACGUUGCAGCGUGUUCUCUAAAUGUAAAGUGUCAAGUGUCGAUGAUUUGGGUAUAAAGUGCCGAGCCUUCAUCCACCUUCUCAUCUCACAUUUGGGAGUAACGAAUGGCGCUGAGAGAUAAGCAAAGGGCACAAAGCAGAACUCCACCCACUAGGGGGUGCCAGUCAUCGGUGGCACCAAGCCGGUCAUCCACUUCUGUGCUCACCUUACACAAUGCUGAAGCCAGCUUCGGCCGCAGCAGGGUCCAUCCUGUAGGGGGCGCCAGACUGUGCGUGUGUUAUCUGUUUAUGGGGUCCCUGUUGUCACGGGGGGGGGCAGAGUCCAGGGAUUCUGUGAGUUAAGUAAAUCCCAGGGUGAUUUUAGGCCACAGCACUGAGAGCCAGUGUGGGUCAGCAGGGUGUGAAGCCCACCUCAGCAGCCACGGCACAGAACUGAUCUCGGAGCCCACCAUCUGUCUGUCCGUCCGUUAAUCCAGCUUCUGACCAGCUAAGACCACCUGAAGAUCACGGUGGUGGAGGAGGAAUGGGGGUGACCUCAGAGGUGGGCCGAAUGCCACUCCGCCAACGGGCACAAUCACUGGACCCGCCUGUCUUUGGGAUGGGAAAUCAGAGCAGCUGAGGAUUUCAUCAAAGUGACCUUCUGCGACCAGUUUG